AACGGUUGUUUUCAGAGAUAUUUUAAUAACACCGACUCCCUGUGACUUCACAGUGAACCGGACUUCCUUAUGUGGGCGUGUCCGGAAACAGAGUGUAUGCUGGCCCCUCCCCUUCCGCUCUACCGCACCAGUUCACUUACACUGAUUGUUAGCACGGAGCUAACACUAAUGGCUUCCAGGAAAUGUUUGUUCAGGUUUGAAGGACUGCUAACGUACCGAAAGAGGUGCCUAAGCUGGACUAUCUGCUGAUUCUGACGUUUGAUGCCUCUCCAACGUCGAAAGCGAAAACUUAACGUCCCCCAACACUGGCUGUGAUUGGCUGGCUGGCGACCAGUCCAGGGUGGACUCCGCCUCUUGUCCAAAGACAACUGGGAUAGGCUCCAGCAUGCCCAUGUCACUCAUGAGGAUAAGUGGUAGAAAAUGACUGACUUUUAUUGUCAAUUUUGCUUUUUAACGUGGCCCCGAUACUUUAUAUUGUUUUUAUUGAUAUGUACAGCACGUGUUGCAUUCAUGUACUCUGCAUGCAGUUUGACGUUUGUGUGCUUCACUGCUCUUUUGUUGCAUUUCGGUGAGUUCAGUUAGCAAAUAGUACUUUACGGGUAUGUAGGAGAAUAAAGAUACUGUUCUAAGAACCUAAAUAGUUGACAGCAAAAGUUGCCACGUUUAUGAAGAGAUGACAGGAAAGCGUUUUAAAACAGUAAAUGACUUUAAUUUAGUUGUGUGGUGUUCAGGCGAGCCGGCAACACGAUAAUGGCAAAGAAGCGAAGAAACAAGUUGAGCUCGUUGAUACCCGACAGGCUAAAAAAAAGAGGAAGAAGUUCACCACAGAUCGACGUCCUUUUUAAGAAAACCGAAGAAAAGAACCAAAAAAAGUUCUCCUCAAGUCCACCAGUCCACUUCAAGUUCAGCUUGGAGAAACAAAAAGUCCCAAAAUUCAUGAGCUGGCCACGGGGCGGGGUCACUGCAGGGGGCGGGGCAGCAGGCCAGAAGACGAGUCGACGACGGCGGCCAUCGUGAAAGAGGGACUGGACAGUGAGUCAACUAAAUAUGCGAAGGUCACGUGAAGAUCAAUUUGGUCAAGUCCAAUGGUUCUUGCAGGAAGUCGAACAUCACUGACGCUGAGCCGGGUAACGCCCCUCGCUGGGUCCCGCCCCCCGGCCGGAACCGAAACUGGGCUUCUGUGUGGCUCCUCCGCGGGUCGGGGGGCCUCUGGGGCCGCUGACACGCUCUCUGGGACCGCCGGGUCCUCCCGGUCCACGGGGUCUCACGUCCCGUCUGUCGCCUUCUCGGGCCGAGCGGGUCUUCUUCUCCUCCACGUUGAGACGCACGUAGCCGCGUAAUUUGAUGGGCUGGGGACACGAGACGGCGGGCACCCGUCACUACAGAGCCGCACUUUGGAUGUUCCCGAAACAAAAAGGCAAACGUUGGACUCACCCGACUGUUGAGGAUCUUCUGGACGGGCUCGGCGGCGUCGAAGACCACAAAGCCAAAGUUGGGAAGUUUGCCGCCGCUGUUGAUCCGCAGCUCCAAAACCGUCCCGUAUUCUGCGGACCAUGGAGGACACCAUGUGAUUGGUGAUGUCAUCGCCCCCCCCGCCGCACAAACACUUACGCUCAAAGAAUUCCUUGAGUUCGCUCUUGUCCGCAUUGUGGGGAACGUUGCCCACGAAGAGCUGAUGGGCGUCGGGGUAGCGGAUCGUUCGCCGACCUUCCGCCUCACCCUGCUCGCCUUCACGGACUGCAACACAAACACCAGUGAGUCGUUAACGCCACUUCCUGUGUCAGCAGGAAGUAACGGGUACACGUACCGGGUUGCGGUCCUCUGUUCACCGGCGCCGCAGCGGGCGGCCUCUGCUCUCGGGGGCGCUGGUCUCGUUGGGGUCUCUGCGACACUGUCUGGGACUCUGACUUCAGUUCCAUUCGGGUCUGCAAGACAAGACCCGCGUGCGCAUUUGGGAACGCCGUUCGUGUUUGUUUAACGUCGGCCGGGGAGUGGCGUGACCUUACCGGUGCCGUUGACGCGGCUUUGACCACGUGGGGCGGGAUUCCUGAGACGGGGACAGCCCCGCUGGGUGGGAGGUUCUUGCUGGUCACCGAGGCCCACGAGAACGGCUGCAAAGACCAUCGUGUUAGCGCCUCGUUAGCAUCGUUAGCAUCUGUGUACGAGUUUUGCCUACUGAAAAUGGCACCCGCAUUAUUUAGCUACUUAUUCCCUUCUUUUUAAUGUUGGCUUACACCCACUCAAGCUAACCCCCGCCCCCCUCUGUGUAGCCAAAAUGGCGCCUGAGGGCGGCCGCCAUUUUUCCGUAUAACACCCAGGCCCUGACAUUUUUUUUCCCGUACUUAUCAAAAGACCGAGCGUACGCCGCGAACGCAGACCGACACUCACCCGGUUUUCCUCCUGGGCGGCAGGGGCGGGCUCGGCGGGUUCUGCGCCGGCGUUGAGGGCGGGGCUUUUCUCUGUCUGCUCAUUGGCCGCGUGCGCGCCGUCGCUUUGCGACUCCGGUGCGGCGUCCUGCUUCAGGUCCGCCGCCGUGCCGUCCGCCGCCGCCGCUUCCUCGCCUUCGGGUUCCGGUUCCGGACUCGCUGCCACUUCCACGUCGUCGGCAGGAAGUGCCGCUUCGGAACUACACAUAAAAGAAGUUAUAUGAUCAAGAGAUACGUUUAUUGCACAGUUAUUGCACAGGAUUUUUAAAGACCUGUGAUAUCUCUACUUUACGCACUUUGAACGCAUCACAAUGUCACUAAUGUGGCUUAUUAGCGCAGUGGGUGUGUCUUGGAGGAGGGGGGGGUGGACUUUUUGUGCUAUCUCCGCUACCAAACCCCCCCACCCCCGUUCCAGAGGACAUCCCAGCUGGUCAAGUCGGUCCUUACCAAGGUUGCGCCUCGUAGAAGGAACUGGACUCUUCGGGCAGGAUGUCAGGCGAGGGAACGCGCUCCUCCAUUUCCUCCACCUCGUCCUCCGACUCUGUACGCACACACAUUAUUAGUUAAAGACGACAAAAGGGGGGUCAAAAAGGGGUCGUCACCUUCGGGGGCUUCAGAGUCCGAGUCGGCGAAGACUUCAUCCUGGUAGCGAAAGACGUCAUUGUGAACGUAGAACUUGUUAGCGGCGGUGCCCUGGAGGACGACGAGAACACGAGUCAAGACACAAAAUGGAGGACGACGUAAAAAAAAAAAGACAUAACGUUAUGAACCUCCGGCGCCAGGAUGAAGGUCUGCAUGAACUUCCUCAUGGGCUGCAUGUUGUUGGACAGCUCCCCCAUCACCUGGACCACCACGCCCUCGUUGAGCGUGGCGUGAGCGUCCACAUGGCGGAUCUUGGUGUGACAGUCGCAGAAGCUCAGCGCCAUGACACGCUUGUGGAUGUCCUUGAACGCAACAACGUUCCCGUGUUAAGACACACUUGCGUCGUUUGUUGAUGCUUACGUGUUCCGGAACGUACCGACUGGCCGUAAACCGCCUCCAGAGGUUUGCCGUUGGCGUCCAGACCGCCGUGAACAUACGAGGAGUUCUUGCCGUAAAACCUAAACACACACAUAUCAGCGUAAGGCACGGCGGUGGUGUCGCACGUGGGCGCGUGCACCCGAGCGUGAGCGUACCUGUGCAGGUAAUCGGGCGCCUGGUUGAGCAGCGUGUAAUACUGUCGGACAAACUCUCGCCCGACCAGCUGGGCACUUGGCUUCUCCAUCACCAUUUCUUCUUCUUUGCUCGCUGGAGGCUCCUGACAACACCACGUUAGCACGCUACAAAGUCACGCCAGCCACGCUAAUUUUAGUAUUCGACAAUAGUGCGUUCACACAAAUAAUGCAAGUUCCCGAGUUCCAUUGAAAGCAGCUUUUUAUCAUUCAUUCAUUUUCUACCGCUUUUCCUCACGAGGGUCGCGGGGGGUGCUGGAGCCUAUCCCAGCUGUCUUUGGGCGAGAGGCGGGGUACACCCUGGACUGGUUGCCAGCCAAUCACAGGGCACAUAUAGACAAACAACCAUUCACACUCACAUUCAUACCUAUGGACAAUUUGGAUUAGCCAAUUAACCUAGCAUGUUUUUGGAAUGUGGGAGGAAACCGGAGUACCCGGAGAAAACCCACGCAAACUCCACACAGAGAUGGCCGAGGGUGGGAUUGAACUCGGGUCUCCUAGCUGUGAGGUGUGCGUGCUAACCACUCGACCACUGUGCAACCAAGUAGGAUUCAUUCAUUCAUUUUCUACCGCUUUUCCUCAAAAAAAAACCCACGCAUGCACGGGGAGAACAUGCAAACUCCACACAGAGAUGCCCGAGGGUGGAAUUGAACCCUGGUCUCCUAGCUGUGAGGUCUGUGCGCUAACCCCUAGACCACCGUUCCGCCCAGCUUUUUAUCAAAUUUUAUCAGUGCUUUACAGAAUUAAGCCGGCCGGGUCGAAGGGACCCGAGGAUGGCACCCCCUCAGCAGAUCCGACACAGCCCCCAGUGUGGAGGACCCCCCCCCCCCCCGUUCCCCUGAGGAAAUACUGGAGUUAAAAGCUAAAAAAUAAACGCAUAAAAUAGGACUUAAAAAGAUAAGAAAAGUUAAAAAAUAUUAGUUAAAAGCCUGAUUUAAAAAGGUGGGGGCCAUAGUGGCUAAAUCAGGGGUCUCAAACUCAAUUUACUUGGGGGCCACUGGAGCUAGGGGUCUGGGCGAGGCUGGGCUGCAUCAGGUUUUCCAAAAAAAAAAAAAAAAAAACGCAUUUAUUAAAAAUAAUUUUUUAAAAAAAAAAUAAAGAAAAUUAAUCAGUAAUUAAUCAGUAAUAAAUAAAAAUAUAAUAAUAAUAAUACAACGGCAAAUAAUAAAAACUUCACACAUGACUUGACACAUGCUAACUCGCAAACUAGAGCGCUAGCGACCUAAAAACGGUAGCCUUCUAGUUAUUUCCUUUCAACUUAAAUAGCCAAAAACUUACCACUUCCACACGGAUAGGGAGGAUAACUAUUAACAGUUAUUUAACCUUUAACAUGAACAUGAAUCAAAUGUAAUAAUUUUUUUCUGGGUACACGAUACCAUACGGCAUCCAUAUCAUAUCAACAUUAAACUUUCAUACCACAUUUGGCCCGCCGGGCCGCCUGUUUGAGACCCCUGGGCUAAAUGCUGCCUCACCGUGGGUUUUUCGUCCUGGGUUUUGGUAUUGUUAAAAAGGCCAGUGCCGGAGGAUUUUGUCCCAUGUAAAAUGAAAAGACCGCCAUAAUGAAAUAAUCUCGUUUUUUUUUGUGGCAUCACAUGAGAAUCUCAAAUAAAGAUGAAAUUAUUAUAAUUUCUUGUGUUUUUUUCCCCUACAUAGAUCACGAUUAAAUAGAUCAAAUUGUGGCGAUGUACAUUACUACGGGCACCGUUUAGGUCAUGUGAUAUAAUGUAAGCUAACGUGUCAUCAGUGUAACAUCACUAACACAUAGUGACUAUAAUGUAACUUCCCUUUCACUGUUUUUUUUUUUUUUUUAAAUUGUGAAAAAAUGUGACGUAGCGACGCAUGAAUGUACGCUUUGACCGAUUAGCUAAGUGGCCAGAAUCGGCCCCCGGGGCAUUUCAUAACCGCACAGCAUUUGGAACCAAGAGAUCAGGAAGAGUGCAUGUAAACGUGAACGUCACAUUGAUGUGACAAAAUGACAGGAAGUGGGCGUAUUCUUACAGCCGCUUUAAUAAAAACGACACACUUUGUAUCAGGAUUGGUCUUUAACGUUAUUGUUUAUCCUGUCUAAUUAAGGACGCCAUGAGAGCUUAAGAGAUUAGAAGGUAUUUCUCGUUUAGGGAAAAGCUUUUAAUGCCCAAGCAGUAGCUGUAGUAAUUCUACAUUUGAGCGAGCUAAUUUAGUAAUAUAAGUAAUAGUAACAUUUCACUACUUCCGGGGUACCGCCCUCGAAGCAUCAUGGGAACUGUAGUUCAUUUAGGGUAAACAAAACUAACCUGCGAUCUAUUUUACAUGUCUUUAAAUAACGACACAUCAACACAAAUGUUUGCUAGUAGCAGCUAACAACCGCCAUUACCAUUUAACGUUUUGUUUUACUUUUUGUUCCAAUUUCUGGAAAGUAAAAUAUUGGUUAAAAAAUAUUAUAACUCGUCUCGUCGGCUAAAGCUAGCCCCGUAUCGUGACACCGCUAAUUCUAAUACUUUCAAUAGCUGCCAUGUUGUUAGCAUGUUAGCUUACAAGCAGCGACCAUGUGACCCAGCCGGCUCAGCAGCAGCAGCAGCAGCACGCGCACAAAUACACGCACGCGCAGUGCCGUCCCCCCGGUUUGGGUCCGGGUGAGCCUACUCGCACGUCGCCGAAUGUUCCGAAUGUAUGGAGGCCUAAAAAGAAGCUAGCAGGCUGAGACUAAAUAGUUGGUAGCGGAGGCGUAGAAAACACACAGAAUAAUAAAAGUACAAAGUAUAAUUGUAUAUAAAUGCGGACAAAAGCCAGGAGAGGGCAGGCGGCCAUGAGUGAAAAUGAAAGCAUGGCGGGGAAGAAGAACCGGAAGAAGGCAGUCACGACGUGAAGCUGUCUGACGGUUGUGACUAAUUCCCGUACAAAAUCGCCCACAACAAAACGGCUAUAGACGGCGCCCGGCAGGACGACCCACUUGACAAAAGAAGAAACAAAAAGGUAUUUAAAAGUGAAAUUGGGUGAACUUAUGAGUGACUUCUGCCGUCUGUCUUCUCCAAUCAAGCUAACCUCCAAAGAUUGUGCCGCGGGCCACUUUGGACCUCCCUGGUAUAGCUUCUUCAUAACAAAAUCAUUCACCGCCUCAGCGAGCUCGGGCCAGUCCAUCGCCAUCACCACCGCAUCGUCUGAGUUAGGCGGCGUCUCCAGGUUCCAGUAAGUCAGCUUAUCAAACAACGAGGUCACCUUCAGGGUCCUGUCCUGUACACGCACAAAUAUAAACAACUGAUGAUAGCAAAAUUCUUCUUUUAGUGUGCUCCAUUGUAAGAUCUCAAUCAUGAUUACCUCCUGAUCAGAGCCGGUUUUGUUGACGUCCUUGAGGACAAGUCCGGUGUAGCCAUGUGGACAGGAGAGGUCCUGUCCCUUGAGACCACGACCCCUGAAUGACACCGUCUUCUCUGUAAUAGGAAACCGUGCAUAAACGAGUGACAAACAACUUAAAUAACAUUUAUUGUUAUAUUUAUUCUACCCUGUUUACGGUCCUUUAUGGCAGCAGUGAAGUACCGCGAGAUCUCGGCUGGUCCAUUGUGUUCAAUCUCACAGGGGAUGAAGUGAAGUGGUUCCCGGGGUGCCUGGCCCAAAGAUGACGCAUCAAGACGGGUCACGUUGCCUGAAGAGGACAUCCUCCAACCUGGUUCAAACACAUGUUUAUUUUAAAGGUGGGAAUGGAUCCAGCAUCCGGUCAUCGCCGCGUGAAGCCGUUUGUGCUUUUCCGAGCAACGCUGACCAAGUUCGCCGAUGCCCUGCAGACUCAAAUGUCCCGUCUGGUUCAGAGAGCCAAGCGGGGAGUUCUUGUCUUCUCCGUGGUGAUGCUGCUCCUCUGGGUGUCCGCCUUCUUGUACGGGAGCUUCUACUACUCCUACAUGCCCUUCGUGGCUCAGUCCAGACCUGUGUACUAUUACUACAGGACAGACUGUGAAUCCCCAUCCUCGUUUCUGUGCUCCUAUCCCAUGGCCAAUGUCUCCCUGUUGACCAACAACAAACCUGUGUUGACAUUUGGCCAAGCCUAUCGCAUCACCCUCCAGCUGGAGAUGCCGGAUUCCGACACCAACCGGGACCUGGGGAUGUUCAUGAUCAGGACGACCUGCUUCUCUCGUGACGGAAGCCAAAUGGCGUCGUCCGCACGCUCGGCAAGGCAGCUGUCACUCACCUCCAGUUCCCGUUUUAGCAUGCUACGCUACCGGUCCGACCUCCUGAGGACCAUAUCCACGCUGAUGUUCCUGCCGGCGUUCCUGAGCGGAAUGGCUGAGCAGAAGCAGUUGUUGGAGGUGGAGCUCUUCUCGGAAUACACGGACGACCCGUAUUCCCCCUCCGUCACGGCCGUCAUCGAGAUUCUGUCCGACAAGGCGCACGUCUACUCCUCCCAGCUCCGCAUCCACGCCUGCUUCACUGGCAUCAGGUACCUGUUGUUCCACUUCCCCGUCCUGUCAGCCCUGGUGGGCGUGUCCACUAACUUCCUCUUCCUGAGCGUCAUCUUGGUGAUGAGCUACAUGAGACUGCUUCUAGGCUUGGAAUGGAGACCGGAGCAGCAGGUCCAAGUCACCCGAGCAGCAGGAAGUAGCGGCACCCGUGGCGUGAAUAAUGGUUCUGCGGGCGCUGCUCAGCCACCGGACUUGCCGAGUUUGACGGACACCAGAAGACGGCAGAGGAAUCAGUUAGAAGGAGCACAACGCAACAAAUGACUCGGAGGCCGCCUGAGGUCAUUGCGUAUUGGAGGAGGAUUUGAUUGGAUUUGAAUUGGUUCUAGGGUCUGGUUUAAACAUCUUCCACUCCACGAGGUUUUGGAUAGUGGAUUUAGCAGUGCCAGCGUUUUUUUUAUCACAUCAAUAAUAAUAAUAAUAAUAAUAAUAAUCAUAAUGAUGAU